GAUGCCCCGUGCCCAAAAGCUUGCCCUUCCUCGGACAAUGUCUUAGACACUGCAUACGCAACGCCAGGCGGGGACGUUGAGAAGGGCCCGGCUUUCUGGGAGCAUGUCAAGCUCAGUGUGUCCGGUAUGACAUGUAGUGGAUGCGAGGCGAAGCUGCGCAAGGCCUUGGAAAAAAUACCAUCAAUUGAGAAUAUCCGAACCGACCUGGUGCUGUCAACAGCACAGUUUUCUGUCGACACAAGGACUAUCUCGGCCAACGACGCCUUGCUGCAACUGCAGCGUAUGACUGCCUACAGCUUCGAGCGGAUCAUUCAUAGCGAAGGUUUAUUCUUGGACAUACUCGUGGACAGCCCUGAGGUGCUUUGCGGCCUCGCCUUGCCGUUUGGAGCACUUAGAAUCGAUCAUCUUGGGAAGAGAAGCAAGGAAGGCAAAACUGUUGUACGAAUCUAUUACGACCCGGCGCGGGUUUAUCCGCGCGACCUCCUGGAGAAGGGGUUUGGCAUACAAGAUAUCCAGCUGGCCCCGAUACCUCCAAACCCCUCAAUAAUAGCCGGUAGGAAACAAGUGCGGAAAGAGUUUACGUAUUUCGUCAUAUCUGCUCUCCUCACUGUUCCGGUUCUAAUUUUCGCAUGGGCGCCUAUCCCUGGGUCACGGCUGGUAUACAACGCUAUCUCACUAGGGCUAGCUACUGUUGUUCAGGCCGGCCUUGCUUGGGAAUUUUAUCCAAGUGCGUUUCGAAGCCUGAUACAUUCCAAGACGGCAGACAUGGACCUGCUCAUUGUCUUGAGUACGAGCACGGCCUGCAUCUUUUCCAUUGUAGUCUUUUCUUAUUAUGCGGCCGGACAUCCGUUAUCUGUUGGAUCCUUUUUCGAGACGAGCACCCUGCUCGUGACGUUGAUCAGGCUUGGUCGGUUUGUCAGCGAAAUAGCCCGACAAAAGGCAACAGAAUCCGUUUCCAUCAAAUCGCUGCAGGCACCUACUGCUUUUCUCCUUUCCAAACAUCGGACUGUUACUAGGGAAAUUGACGCACGGCUGCUUCAACAUGGUGAUGACUUUCGUGUUCUUCCACAUUCACGGAUACCCACAGAUGGUGUCGUCAUCUAUGGUGGCUCGCAGGUGGAUGAAUCUACUAUGACUGGAGAAUCGAAACCCGUCGCAAAAGGAAUAGGCUCCUCAAUCACAGCUGGGACUUUGAACCUAGACGGUACCUUGGACGCCGCCUUGAGCCGCAUGCCUUUUGAGAACAGUAUUAGCGAAAUCGGUGCCAUGGUCGAAAAUGCCGAGCUUUCGAAGCCAAAGUCACAAGCUAUGGCUGAUCGCAUUGCAGGGUAUUUUGUCCCUGCAAUUAUAGCUAUCGCCUGUAUUGUCUUCACUGUCUGGUUACUUAUCGGCACUUGGCUUCUUGGGCUCUCAGCAUCAAACUCGGCUAUUGAGGCUGCAAAAUAUGCCAUCGCAACCCUAAUCAUCUCCUGCCCAUGCGCAAUUGGCCUUGCCGUUCCUAUGGUCAUAGUCAUAGCGAGUGGACAUGCCGCGAAGCACAGCGUAGUCUUCAGCUCGCCUCCGGCCAUUGAGGCUUCACGGAAGGUUUCACACGUCAUCUUCGACAAGACAGGGACGUUGACUCAAGGGAAGAUGACUGUUAUCUUCGAGCUAUGCGAUCCUACCACAAGUUCACAUGUCCUGGGCCUGGUUUCGGCAAACAAACAUCCAAUCUCGAUCGCAUUAUCAAAGCACCUUGAGCACCAAAGUUCCUUGCAGAGUACAAAAUUUAAGACGCUUAACGCCACUGCUGGUGGUGGCAUUGAAGGUAGGCUUGACGGUCUUGUGGUGAGGGGAGGAAGCUAUCGAUGGCUCGGAGUUGAAGAGUCCGAGGUACACGGCUUUGUUGUAUCGAGGCUCAAAGACGCAGGUCGCAGUAUGACUGGCCGAGAUAAUUCCCAUCUCUUCCAUUCAACAUUCGCCGUCACCGUUAAUGAGAAACUGGCAGCCUUAUUCGCACUGGAAGAUGUUCUACGCCCGGAAGCUGCGCAGGUCAUUUCAAAGCUCCGCUCUCAAAAAAUUACCGUCUCGUUGGUCAGUGGAGAUGAGGAGAGAGCAGUCCAGCGGAUCGCGCAAUUCUUAAAUAUUGCCCCGGCAAACACACGCUCUCGCUGCUCGCCGCAGGACAAGCAAGAGUACGUCCGCGAUGCCCAACGAUGCAAUGGCGGCCAAACCGUCAUGUUCUGCGGUGACGGGACCAACGACGCCGUUGCGCUGAUGCAAGCCAACGUCGGGGUGCACAUGGGCGGCGGAACGGACGUCGCCAAGAGCUGCGCGGACGUGGCGCUCGUCCGCCCCGACCUGCGGGGCAUCCUCAUAGCCAUGGACCUGUCGCGGCGCGCGGUGCGGAGGAUCUGGUUCAAUUUCGUCUGGGCGGCGGGCUACAACACACUUGCAGUGCUCCUGGCCGCCGGGGCGUUCGUCAAGGUCCACGGCGCGGUCAUUCCGCCGCAGUUUGCCGGGCUGGGGGAGAUUGCGAGCGUGGUGCCCGUCAUCCUAGUGGCCUUUUCUCUCAAGUUUUCCAAG